GCAUAAUGGAACCUUAGACAAAAGGAGACACUUAAAGUGUAAUGCCAAUAGAACGUCAGAAUGUGUAAUGUAAAAGCAAGCUAGGAAGGGUCAACAAACAUGACAAUGGCGAUACGAUGGAUACAUCUACAACGAGAGUGUGUCAACUACCCUAAAUAUCUAAGUGUCCACGAUACAGCUUAGUCUCGGUAAAUACACACAGCCGUAUACCACGCCAUGCUAUCAUGUCCCCAAUAAGAUGUCUUCGUUACGUAAAUAUGAAUCAGAUUACCUACCUCACUAGACAUCGGACGCUAUCGCCUUGUAGGAGUUAUAAUCUCUUUGGUUGUUACGUUAAAGUGGAAUAUCACCUCAAACUAUCAUGGUUGUAGCUGCGAAGGAGAAAGAGUCGCCAUUAAAAGAGGAAGAGGAGGUUCCGUGCUGCUGUUCCCAGAGAUGGAUUCUUUCCUACACAGGAUUCCUGGGGUUCUGUUGUAUAUACGCUGUCCGUGUCAACUUCAGUGUGGCCAUUGUUUGUAUGGUGAAAACGUCAGAUGUCCUCACUAAUGGUACCAGUCUGGUCAACCAAUCAGAUGUCGGGACUUGUGUGGCAGAGGCUGCAAAUGUUAAAAACGAUGAGCACGCAGAGUUUGACUGGGACAAAAGCACUCGAUCAACCAUGCUGGCUUCCUUCUUUUACGGAUACAUAUGUACCCAGGUCCUCGGGGGCUGGCUUUCCGACAGAUUUGGCGGGAGGCGCGUGCUUGGGUACACCACAUUGUUUGCCGCCAUUUGUACACUCCUCACACCAGUGUGUGCUCGCGCAUCAGUACCCCUUAUCUACGUCCUCCGUGUGCUCCUUGGACUCGCCACGGGUGUAUCAUUUCCUGCUAUGCAGUCGAUUUGGGGUCGAUGGGCACCACCGUUUGAACGCAGCAAGCUGGUUUCCGUAUCAUAUUUGGGCACUAUGUUUGGAAAUAUCGCCACGUUUGCUUCCUCUGGAGUAUUGUGUGACUAUGGAUUCGACAACGGAUGGGGGUCAAUAUUUUACAUAACUGGGGGCCUGACAUUUCUCUGGGUUCUCAUGUGGUUUUACGUAUCGGCUGACUCGCCACAGGAACACAGGCGGAUUUCAGCUGUGGAACGCGAGCACAUCGUCUCCAGCAUCGAGUAUAAUACUACUAAAAGGACAGCGAAAGUUCCAUGGAAAGAUUUGAUGAAGUCACGUGCAAUGUGGGCGUGCCUCACAGCUCACGUGUGCAAUAAUUGGACAAAUUAUACUCUACUCACCAGCCUUCCGGCCUUUAUGAAGGCAGUUUUGAAAUUCGACAUCAAACAGAAUGGUGUGCUGUCCGCAGUUCCUUAUCUGUGUUCGGCUUUUUCCGGGUUUCUCGCUGGACAAACAGCCGAUGUUAUUAGGUCUAGAAAAAUCCUCUCAACGACAGCAACGAGACGUUUAUACCAGGUAUCAGCGUUCGUUGGAGCAGGCGUGUUUUCCGUGGCAACUGGUUUCGCUACGUGUGAGCAUCGGGAUAUGGCUGUGAUCUUCCUAUCAAUCGCCGUUAUGUUUACCGGGCUUUGCAGGGCUGGAUACGUUGUAAACCAUGUUGACUUCGCACCCAAGUACGCUGGUACGCUGUACGGAAUAACAAACACAGCAGCCACCGUGCCGGGAAUGGUGGCCCCGAUCGUAGCAGGGGCGCUCACACCAAACGACACACAGGCGGAGUGGAGGAACGUUUUCUAUGUAUGUGCAGCCUUCGACUUGUUUGGCGCCUUAGUGUUUGGAAUGUUUGGGUCCGGUGAACUUGAACCUUGGGCUCGAGAUCCUGAUGACGACAAACAGAUCGAUGAUGUAGUCAUGACCAGUAUCGAUGUAGAGAAGGCCCCAAACAUGGACAACUUCAAAAUGGACGACGAUAACUGUGUCGUGGAGCCUGAAGUUAAUGGCGUGGUAAACGAGACUAGUGAAAGCAGCGCCCCCUUGGAACAGAAGGGAGAUGAUGACUCCAUGACCGAGUCAAGCACUUUGAAGGAUUCUGAUGACGCGACGGGUAUGUCAUCAAAUUUAAUGAUUGACGAUGCUGACCUGUCGCCAGAAAGAGACGAUUUAAGUGAUGAACAUUUAGAGACCAAAAAAGAUGAAAUUGACACAACAAACGUCAUCAGUCAGGAGCAGAAAUUAACUGAAAUAAUGUUUUUUGGAACACGUGUAUCAUUAGAAAUUAUUGCUGAACAGACAAACGAAGCAUAACAUAUUUUGAAAUAUGUGUUCAGUGUCGAAAUGGAGACACUUAACUUAUAUUUGAUCUUCUUACAACAGGGGAUAAUAUUAUACGGAGGUCACUUCCUAUUUAACAAAUGUCGAACUAUUUAUGCUCGGUAAUAAACAAAUAUUUAUCCUAUUGCAUGUACACUGUUUCGUAGCAUGCUUAAUAGAUACAGAUCUUGCACAGCGGCAACACACAAGUACAGAGGUUUGCCGUAGCUAGAUAGGAGAUAUUUACUGAUCAGGCACUGGUUACAUGAAAUACUAUUACGCAAACGUCUUCAAGCGCUAAUUCAAAUCUGUAUUUGGAGUUUUCUAUUGUAUAUAUGUGUGGUGUUUGAGUUCUUUUACAAAAACGACGAGUACCAUAUACCUUUGUUCAGUGGGUAAUUUAUUUCCCUGUAACAAUAUUAAAACACACAUGAGACAAUAUACAG